AUGGCGACCGCACCACGCCCCUCGGUCCUUGCGACACCACGAAGACCAUUCGGAACGGGAGCUCCAUCGAAUGCAGAGAUGCGCAAGGUCUACGCUGAUCUGGACAACAACACCGUCUUCGACUUUUCCAGCAUCGUCUCGGCAGUAAAGACCUUUUCCACACGCUUCCGAGCCUAUACCGAGAAUGCCAUCUCGAACAUCAACGACGAUAAGGCAGAGUUUGAUGCCAAUCGCAUGGAGCAUCGCAACCAACUCAGCACACUCGACCGGGAGAUCGAGGAUGCCAAAGCAAGUCAGGGCGACUUGUGGGAGACGAUUGCUCGAGAAAGGGAGCAGGACGCCAGCCUUCGGUCCAGGCAGCAGGCCUUACAGUCGCAAAAGGCAUCCGUAACACAACGAUGCAACGAGCUGCAAGCAGAGAUCGCUGAGCUCAGGCAGAAUCUGGAAAAAAAGAAGCAAGCCAAGGAGUUGCAGAGGGAGAAAUUGAAGGAGCAGAUCAACAAGAACGGGCCCGAACUGCGUCUGUUGGAGUCCAAGACAGGAUGCUCAAUCCAACCCACCAAAGUCGGCGAUCAGCUCAAGUUCAUCUACAACCUCAUGAACGCAGAUGACUGGUCGCAGGAGUGCCACUUCACCAUCGAUGUCAGCAGCAGCAAGUACAAGCUCACUUCCCUCUCGCCGAAACUCGAUGCUAGCUUGCAAGGCUCCUUGCUACAGGAGCUCAACUCGACACGUAAAUUCUACACUUUCGUCAAGAAGAUGCGCGCGGCGCUCAGGGCACAGGUCGAGAAGGAACGUCUCGAAGCACGCGACGCUGUUCGUCGUGGAGGGCGAUGA